ACCUCGUCGCCCCGUAGACUGCGGCCCCGAAACUACACUUAAGAGUCCCUCGGGGCCCUGGCGGAUGGCAGGCGUGAUGAAGCGCCGCACCGUGGUGGGCCGCAGGGUAUCAGAUGUAGUGUGGCGGGGGCGGCGUCCUGCAGUGUGGCUGGGCGCAACUGGACGCUGUACCUCUCGAUAGCAGCCUAGUCGCCGCUCUCCAUCCUCGCUCCUGUGCGACGCCACUUUAUCCCUCUUAAAGUGGACGAUUCAGUAGUACCGGGGAACGAAGGCAACAAGAGCUAACCAUAGCAACAACAUUUUGUUUUUGAAACCCGUCUUGCAACUGCCUGACUGCAAAAUGUACUUGCAGAUUAUGCAGACAAAAAUUGCUGCCACUUAUUGAAAGACUUCAUAGUGAAAACUGACUUUUUACCCAAACCCCUGAUUCAAGGACUUUUGCGUAGAAACUCAUGAACUGUGAAGAUAACCCUUCAUUACCAAUUAAGAUAAUAGGUUGUAAGUAACCUAAUGAGUACCAACUUUCUCUUAUUUCCUUUAAAAACUGUCUCUCAAAACAGCCGGUCACGACACAAUGUCAGAUGCUUCUGGAAUCUGUUUCUCUAAUAACAGUUCUAAAACUGCCAACAAACUCCUUAUUUGGACUUCAGUUUCUCUGACUCUUUGGUUCACCAUGUUGUGCAGCCAUCACCUCUCUCUAGUUCCAGAGCAUAUUUUAUCAAUCCUCAAAAGAAACCGUGCAUCCACCAGCAGUAACUUCCCUCUUUCAUCCAGUCCUUAGCAACCAUUAAUCUGGUUUUGGUCUCUAUUCAUUUGCCUUUCCUGGAUAUUUCAUAUACAUGGGAUCAUUCAGUAUCUGGCCUCUUGUAUCUGACUUUUUCACACAGUAUAACAUUUUCAAGGUUCACCUAUGUGGUGCCUUGUGUCAUUUUUUGCUAUUGUCAUGUCAGGUUUUGAAAUGGUAUGUUUUUUCUCAUCUUGUAAGGGAUUUCCAGUUGUAGAAAAUCUGCUUCUGUGUAUGACUGCAAUUUAACCAUUUUAUUUGCUAUCCAGAUACAUGUUUUAACUUGAGUCAACUAUAUUUCCACUUUGUAUAAUGAAUACUAAAUUUUGUAUCUUAGAUACUAAACUUUAUUAGAUAACUAGGAUACAAAUUACAGUUUUCAUAUUUUUCUUUUCAUGGAAUAUAAUUUUUUAAAGUUUCUGAUAUUAAUUCAUUAUAACAUUUACUGGACAAACCAACCACAUUUGGUUCUAUGAACUCUUUUCAUAUUUUACGGGAUUUUUAUUUUGUUGUCUUAGGAAUUGUGGCAUCAUUCAGUUUUGCUGAGAGUUUAUUUUUAUUAAUAGGUUCUGUGUACUAUGCAACCUGUAGUGGUUACUCCUGUUUUGCAAAUAUGGCAUUAAAACAUUGGUGAGUGGGGAGACUUUCCUCCCAUUUUAUUUCAUCAAAGAAAUCUUGUCAUUUCUCAUCAGACUUUAAGAUUUAUUGAGGAGAGUUAUUCACUUGUUUAGUAUUGUAAACUGUGACCUUUAAAUUUUGAAGGAGGUUGAACUAAAAGGUGAAAUAUGAUAAAUUGAUGGCUCUAUUUGUUGUGAAUGGAAAUUUAAUUUAGACUUGUAAAAGAUUGUUUUUUAAAUUGCUAAUUGUGUGACAGUGAAGAGAAUGACUUCAAAAUAUCCCACUAUACAAUCUGCAAAGAAAAGAAUUGUGUCCCCUUUUUAGUGUAGCUUAACACUUCACUGAAACUGUUUUGAGUUCUUAGGUCAUCUUUUUUUCUCUAAACGAAACAAUUACUUUUUUAAAAGUCAAAUGUUAGCCAUCCUAGAAGUUGGGCAUAAAACACUUGUAAGUAUAUGCUAAUAUUCUGAUACUUAAUGCCUGUGAAAAAUGUGUAUAGAAUUUUCAAUUUUUAAAUAGAAGUGAAGAAAAAGCGAUAAUAAUUACUAUAAAUUCAAUAUGCAGUUAUGUAUGUAAGUGUGUGGUUAACACAAUUAGGUUCUCAUUAAGCUUUGUUUUUUAAAGAUAACAUACACAUAUAUUGAUAAUGAUAAACAAUUCAUAUAGCUUUUUGUGUCCUCUCGUUUUGUGACAUAAAAGGUCAAUGAAAAAAUUGGCGAUUAAGUCAAAUUUGCAUUUUUCAGGAGAGUAGUAGAGCAGUCAGGGAGGCAGAUCAGCAGGGCAAGUAGUCAAUGUUACUGAAUUACCAUGUUUUGCUUGAGAAUGAAUACAUUGUCAGGGCACUAGGGGGUAGGCUGGUUGGGCGGGGUUGACAGGGGUGUUGAGGGCGGAGAAAUGAAAGUUUCAUUACAAAAGUUAACGUAACAAAGAAUCUGGUAGAAGUGAGUUUUGGAUAGUAAAAUAAGUUUCGAACUCUGGCACCUUUCAAUUUUGUCGCACCCUCCUUGUUUUUGACAAUGCAAUCAUACGCUUCUGCUAUGUUAAGCGUAUUCAACAGCGAUGAUUACAGUCCAGCUGUGCAACAGACUAUUCCCGCUCACCGGAGAAGCUCUUCCUUCCUUUGCACUGAAAGCUGUAACUCUAAGUAUCAGUGUGAAACGGGAGAAAACAGUAAAGGCAGCGUCCAGGAUCGAGUGAAGCGACCCAUGAACGCAUUCAUCGUGUGGUCUCGCGAUCAGAGGCGCAAGAUGGCUCUAGAGAAUCCCAGAAUGCGAAACUCAGAGAUCAGCAAGCAGCUGGGAUACCAGUGGAAAAUGCUUACUGAAGCCGAAAAAUGGCCAUUCUUCCAGGAGGCACAGAAAUUACAGGCCAUGCACAGAGAGAAAUACCCGAAUUAUAAGUAUCGACCUCGUCGGAAGGCGAAGAUGCUGCCGAAGAAUUGCAGUUUGCUUCCCGCAGAUCCCGCUUCGGUACUCUGCAGCGAAGUGCAACUGGACAACCGGUUGUACAGGGAUGACUGUACGAAAGCCACACACUCAAGAAUGGAGCACCAGCUAGGCCACUUACCGCCCAUCAACGCAGCCAGCUCACCGCAGCAACGGGACCGCUACAGCCACUGGACAAAGCUGUAGGACAAUCGGGUAACAUUGGCUACAAAGACCUACCUAGAUGCUCCUUUUUACGAUAACUUACAGCCCUCACUUUCUUAUGUUUAGUUUCAAUAUUGUUUUCUUUUCUCUGGCUAAUAAAGGCCUUAUUCAUUUCA